UUUUGUGUUAUAAAAUUGGAAACGAUAAAUUCACGUUCCUCUUCUCCAAUUCCUCUAUUUGAAAACCCUAUAAAUACACUUUAACCCCUUUCUUCUUCACCAUCGCAGUCUCUCGGCGAUCUUCGUUCUCGGCCAUCUCUGCUCUGCAUCGUUGUCAGGUUCAGGUCUGAUAUAUUAAUUAGGAUAUUUUGAAACAAUCUCAUAACCUUUUUUAUUUUAGUUGAUAAAUAAAACUAGUAGCUAAAUACCAUGUAAGGGUUUACAAAACUGAAAAGUGAGAUUAGGGUUGUUUGUAUUGUUGAAAUUGAGUAGCAAGGAGUUGGAUUCACAAUGGCUUUGACCAACUUUAUCCUCACCGUGGCUGGUGUUAGCGCCGUCGUCCUUCUUCUCAGGUCCGAUGUAAAGCAGUCCGCCUCCAUCUUCAGGCGAAAUGUUAAGCACAUAAGAAACUGGCUCGAAGAAGAAUCCUCCUCUGCCUCCAAGGCUGCCGAGAAAAAGGUUAAGGAACUAGAAUCAAAGGCGUCAAAAGACUAGUGUCCAUACUGUUCUGGUGCAUAAUCAAUCACUCAUUUUCUUUUUCUUUUUCCUUUCUUUUUCCAUUUCUAGUUUGCUCAAAUAGUCACUACUUUUUUUCCUUUCAAAAACAGAUAUGUAACUAUCUAAUAAAUCCAUAAUUAACUUUUGUUACUAGCAUAUUUCUGUAGUUGGAAGUUUGUGGACAAAUCAUCUCUAUUUUGGCCACACAUAUAACACUUGAAUUUAAUGAAUAUGGAUUUAAUCA